AAAAAGAAAAGAACAGAGCAGAACAGAGUCUCAGUGGAACAACAUACGCACCGGAACUCUCAAAGCGGAAGCCUCUCUCACCGGCGACGACGCGCACCAGCAGCGAUGGCCCGCUACGACCGAGCGAUCACCGUCUUCUCCCCCGACGGCCACCUCUUCCAGGUUGAGUACGCCCUCGAGGCCGUCCGCAAGGGCAACGCCGCUGUCGGCGUCCGAGGCGUCGACACCGUCGUCCUCGGUGUCGAGAAGAAGUCCACCCCCAAGCUCCAGGACUCCAGGUCCGUGCGCAAGAUCGCGAGCCUGGACACCCACGUCGCGCUGGCCUGCGCGGGUCUGAAGGCGGACGCGCGCGUGCUUAUCAACCGGGCGCGCGUCGAGUGUCAGAGCCACCGCCUCACCGUCGAGGACCCCGUCACUGUCGAGUACAUCACGCGCUACAUCGCCGGCCUGCAGCAGAAGUACACGCAGAGCGGAGGGGUGCGCCCAUUCGGGCUUUCCACGCUCAUAGUUGGCUUCGACCCCUAUACUGAGAAGCCCGCGCUGUACCAGACCGACCCCUCCGGCACCUUCUCUGCCUGGAAGGCCAACGCCACCGGCCGCAACUCCAACUCCAUGCGCGAGUUCCUUGAGAAGAAUUACAAGGAGACGUCCGGCAAGGAGACCAUCAAGCUUACCAUCCGAGCCCUUCUUGAGGUUGUCGAGAGUGGUGGCAAGAACAUUGAGAUCGCUGUGAUGACGCACAAAGAUGGUCUUCGCCAACUUGAGGAAGACGAGAUCGAUGAGUACGUUGCUGAGAUCGAAACAGAGAAGGCUGCUGCUGAGGCUGCAAAGAAGGGUGGCCCGAAAGACACAUGAUGUACUAAUGAUUUAGCACAGUCGUGGCACAUGGCUCCUCUAGCUCUAUUUAUGUUCACAGCUUGUCUGCUUGUCUUAACUGUUUCCGAAGAACUUGUUUGGCGGAAGGUUGUUUAUUUGUUGCUGA